AUGCCGGGGGGGCUUCUUCAGGCGGUCUCCAACACACCGAGACACGAAGGGGGGGACUCGGCCCGUCGCGUUUCCGUUCCUUCCCAGCUCGACCACUCUGGGGAGAAGAGAGAGGACGAAACGAAACUGAACAGGAUGCAGGAAGCCCCGCAGCGGUAUCCCAGGUGCCAUCUGAUUUUGUACGCCCAGGGAACGGACCGACCUGGAGUGUCUUUGCAGUUCGCCAGAUGGCUCGCCGCCGAGGGCUACGAAGACGAGGAGAUAGAAGUCGAGUGGGAGGACUGGGGUGUCGAACUUGUCGAUGUCCGACAAAUCAAGGUUGGCACCAUGUGCUGUCUCUACUACCAUGUCAAGCUCAACCAGCACGUGGCGAUGGAGGUGUUAAAGGCGUGUCUUUUUACAGCAGCUCAGGUCCACUACGAGUUGGACUACCAGCUUCUCCCUUCCCACCCUCGUCGUGCCGAAUCUGCGUUCGCCUUCUCUUCGUUUCCGCGCGUCCCGACGUCUCCGUCGUGUUCUCUCUGCUACUCGCCGUCGCCGUCCUCAGACAGCGUUCGUGGGCCCCUAGCAGCGGAAGAGGAACGCGAGGAGAUCGAAGCGGAGAGAUUUUGUCACGGGAAAGACGGAACUCGGUCUGUGUCGCCACUCCUCCCACCGGCAUACCUGUCGUCCGCACCGACGCCAACUGCGCGUAAUUCUGCAUGCGACGUGUCCACUGUGCGUCGCAGCGACGUGCGCAGGAGCAACCCUCCCUCUGUUAAUAUCUCGGCAGCCCCUCGCGACAUGCCGGCUGCUUCCCCGUCGCCCCAGGCUGGCGCCUCGCCCCAGUGCGCCUCGCGGAGACACCGAGGGCCCUGGGAAGUCCGCGCGAGGCCGAGCUCGAACCAACAGCUGAGGGAGGCGGUGCAUGCAGCGGCGACGCUCGCGGUGGAAGCAGCCGCCGAAGCCGCCGCAGCCGCAGCCACCGCCGCCGAAGCCGUUGCAGCCGCCGAACUCGCGGGAGGGGAAGACGUCGCGGAAGUUGCGGCGAAAGCUGCGCAGGCUGCGCAGGCUGCGGCGGAGGCCGAAGCGAAGGCAGCGGCUGCUGAGGCCGCCGCGGCGACGCACGCAGCGGACGACUCGAGCGACGAGCGGGGGAAAGAACUCAGCCAGAAGGGAAGAGCCGCCAGCGAAGAGGGCGGCGCAGGCGGGGAAGAGGAGGCGCGACGAGACAGGCUGGCUUUCGGCCAUCCAUGGAGACAGAUCAACAGUGACAGCGGCAGUCCGAACUCCCAGCGGAGCCGCACAGACAGCGAGAAGAGCGGGAAAACCGCGAGCAGAGGAGACACCGCGGGAACUCAGAGUUUCGCCGCCUCGCCGGAGUCGCUGAAGCUUGAGAGGAAUUCUCGCCGGGCACCCUUUGACGCCGAACAGCGCGAGAGGAGCGACUCCGAUGUGUGUCACCGGGGCUCAGCCCCGGUGACGCACUUCGGAGCUGCGAGCUCGCGGCAAAGAGAGGUGACUCCGACUGAGUCCAGAAAGGACGACAACGGUGGGAAGAGCGGGAGCGACAGACAAACAGGCUGGCCGUGCCUCGGGCACCCCAGGUGGAGCGACGUGGUCGUAUUGCAGAUUCUCCAAACUCGACCUGUCCUCGCCGCAUCCCUCUUGUCCGACGUGUUGGCGGCUCUGCUCCGGGCGAAGGCGACAGUGCAGAGCAUGGGGUUGGAGAGCGUCGAUCUGGGCAGCGGCGGCCUUGGAGAAAGGAUGCAGAGCGUGGAAAUCAAAGUGAAAUUUCCGGCUAUCAUCUUGCCGCUUCAAACGAAAGUUCCCCGCGACAAGCCCUCCAUAAAGGCACUAGAAGACGAACUGAAGAACAUCUGCAAACGCCACGACGCACAAAUGCUCCUCAGAUGGGACGAUUUUUUUUCUCAGGCACUUCUCCAAGAGCAUGGAGGUGUAGCCAGCGAGGAACGCGUUUAUAUGCGCAAGCUAACGAAGCUGAAGGGCGCAUCCGCUGCAGAGCUCAUCAAAAAGGCUCUGCCCCACCUGACCAUCGCGCGCGGGGCGUUCUUCCUUCUCUUUGUGUUGAAGAAACUCGGCGUACGGACAGCGCUGAUGACACACAGCUGCCAGGAAGUCGCGCAUUGUGUCGGCCGCCUUCUCGGGAUCGACUACGUUCUUUCGAACCACUUCGAGGUUCGAGAUGGCAGACUAACCGGCCGCGUUGUCGGCGGCAGCUCUUCCAGCGAGGUCACCACGAGUCACAUGCUCGAUCCGCUCAGGAAGAUGGACUGGCUGCAGCUCUUGCGGGAUAAAGAACGCGUGGAGAGAGAUGCGCUCUUCGUCCUCGCCAACUACGAGAAAUUCGACUUCCUGCACGGGGCCGCCGGGUUCUGUUGCUCCUUCAACGCCCGAAGAGAUCGUGACAUAUCAGCGUUCCUGCUUCUCCUUGGCAUGAAGCGCCGACAUCUGCAGGAGUUUCACAGCGCCUUUGUGGCGUCGUCGGUGGAGGCGUCUCUGGACGCCGCCUACCCGCUGGGUCUCACAGCGCUCGUGCAGCAACACCAGGUGGCCUUGCUGGCUGAGCUUCGCCAGCCUGCCGAGAGCCCUGAAGAGAGCGAGAAAGGGAUGGGAAGUACAGCCGGUCUCGCGCCCCAGGACGUCGAAAACUUGCACACGCAGGAGGUCCGGGAGCAGCAGAGACUGGACAGCUCCGGCGGCGAGGCAUACCCGCGACGAGAGGCCGGAGAAGCUGCUUGGCCGGUAGCCUCUCAAAGGCGACCAGAGGAUCGACGCGCCGAGGUCCCAGACGGCAGAACGGGGAUCGCGGGAACGUCAGAUCUCAACGGAGACGCCAUCGAAGCGCUGGAGAAAGCAGAGCGAAGAGCACGUGUCGGGGCCCAUGACGACGCGACGGGCGGACGCGGAGAGGGCGACGAGGCAGCAGAGGACAGACCAGGAUCUUUGGCGUCGCAAGGCAGCCCGAAGAACGCGGCGGGUGCUUCAAGUUCGUUUGGUAAAACGGUCGCCGCUUCUGCAUGCAACGAAGGGACAGAAAAACCGGCGGCGAGGAACCCUUUCAGCGCGCCUCUCGACCGGCUCUUCCCGCGAGACUCCGAAGAUCGAACCCCCUUGCGGGUGACUUCCUCAGCUUGCUCGGUGGCGAGCAGCACGGGCGGGACCGGCGGGGAGCGCAGAGUCGACAGAGCCGUCGUUUGCGUUUACGGCCAAGUCCGAAGCAACGACGCCACUCCGCAGCUGUGGCGACUCAUCGAGGCGCUCCGCCCGUUCGAACAAGGCCGAUCUGGGGGCGGGAGCACUGGCGUGUGUACACCGGCUUCCGCUCGGGGCCCGCGCGGAGGCACAGCGUCUUGUGGAAUCGCGGCGCUGCAGCUGGUGAACCUUCAUCACCAUAUCUGCCUGGGAAUGACUCUGUCCUGGACGAGUCCGUCGUCGACGACGCGUGCACCGCAUCGCCUGACGAGCUCCGGUAGCGGUCGCAGCGAUUCGUAUUCGUCUCUUCCCUCGAUGAACGUGGCUGCCGCAGCCGUAGCUGCAAUGACAACUGCGAACUCGUCGGGAGGCGCGGGCGUUUCGUCUGCUGCGUCCUUGUUCCCGCGCGUCUCCCCUCACUCGCUCGGCCUGCCGGCGUCGCUUUCGGUAGCGCCCUCGCCUCUUCAUCUGUCCCCAGUCAAAGAGGUGCUGUUUGUGGCAUCGUGCCUCGGUUUGAAGGCAUCUUUCAUACCUCAGCUGCCGAACGCCGGCGGAAGUUGCUUCCCGUACACGCCGGGGAUUCCUGUGUCCCCGUCGACCUCGUUCUCUUCUGUCCAUUCGUGUUCCCCAGAAGAAAAACGGGGGAGCAAAGAAGACGAAGAAGGACGAGAAAGGGACGAGGCCGCAGCCGCGCAGACGCCCGACGGACGAGGCGCCGGAAAAGCGGGAAACGCACCACCUGGCGGCACGCGACUUGGCGACGGUGGCGAGGGAGAAAGCGCGCGAGAGGGAUGCCCAGGGCGCCGUGAAGACGGGAGGCAGGCGCAGGCCUCGGAGAACCAAGAAGGAAGUGAACGGUCGUUCUAUCUGGUGGUCAUGGAAGAGCCGUCGGUGUCUCCACAGCUCCUCGUCCACAUCUUUGCUCUGCUCUACGAAAACUUCAUCAACAUUGAGGAGAUCGACAGACUGUCGAUGAAUGUGGCCAAGGCGAUUCGCCUCCGUGUGGCCAUCGGACCGCUGGUGGACGUACAGCAGGUGAAGAAACAGCUGCUCUCUGUCUGUUCAGACUUUGGAGCGGAUGUCGCGCUGCAGGCUGACGACAUAUCGAGGUAUUGCCUGCGCCUUGUUGUUUUUGACAUGGACUCAACUCUGGUCUGCGAAGAGGUGAUCGACGAGCUGGCGAGAGAGGCCGGUGUGAUGGAGGAAGUCGCGGCGAUCACGCAGGCAGCCAUGGAAGGUCACCUAGACUUCCACGCGAGUCUCAUGAAGCGCGUCAAGAUGCUGAAGGGCGUCAAGCGAUCGGCGCUCGAUGCUGUGGCUGCACGCCUGACGCCGACUCCUGGGGCAGCAGCCCUCUGUCGUAUUCUGAGGCACUUGGGAUAUCGCUUGGCGGUCAUCAGCGGAGGAUUCACGUAUUUUGCGAGGAGGAUAAAAAAGCUUCUCAGGCUUCACCAUGCUUUCGCAAACCAUUUACAGAUUGAUCCAUGUACAGGAACUGUGACAGGAGAAGUGGAAGGACCCGUCGUUACAGCUCAAAGGAAAGUGUCGCUCAUGCGCAUGCUAGCAGAAGUCGAGCAAGUGCAGGUGGAUCAAGUCAUUGCUGUGGGCGACGGCUCCAAUGACAUUCCGCUUCUGCUUCAUGCCGGAAUGGGGGUGGCGUUCUGCGCAAAGAAGCGCGUGAAGGAGAACUCGAACUAUCAGCUGAAUCAGAGGAACCUCUUUCUCCUCGUUCAUCUCCUUGGCAUCAGCGAAAAGGCUGCACUGCAGCUGGCACAGGUGGAAGACGUUCGCGAUGACUAA